AUGCCUGAGAGCACGGUGCCUCCGCGGACAUGGAGCAGCAUGAUCUAUGACCAUGAGAUCGACGAGGCACGGCCGAUGAAGGUCAUCUGCAUAGGAGCUGGGAUUUCUGGGAUCCUCACCGGAAUUCGACUCCCGCAACAGAUUGAAAAUCUCGAAUUGGUCAUUUACGACAAGAAUGCCGAUGUUGGCGGUACAUGGUAUGAGAAUAGAUAUCCAGGAGUCAGAUGUGAUAUCCCGAGUCCUGGGUAUCAGCUCACAUUUGAAUCCAACUCGCAAUGGAGCGAGUUCUACGCCAGCGGCGCAGAGAUCCAAAAUUACAUGGUCAAUCUAGCCAAAAGAUACGAUGUCUAUCGCUUCUGCAAGUUCAAUCACGAACUGGUAGAGGCCAAGUGGCUGGAACUCCCGGGGAAAUGGGAGGUGACCUUUCGACAAGUCGAUACAGGAAAGAUGGUGACCGAUCAGUCCGACGUGAUCAUGCUCGGAAUGGGCCUGUUGAACAAAUGGGACUGGCCCAAGAUACCAGGUCUCGACAAGUUCAAGGGCACCAAAGUCCACACGGCCAAGUGGGAUACUUCGCUGGAUCUCAAAGGAAAGAAUGUCGCCUUGAUCGGGGCCGGGUCAACCGGUAUUCAAAUUCUCCCCGAAAUCCAACCCAUAGUCAACCGGGUCGAUCACUACAUGAAAGGAAAGAACUGGAUCUCGCCCACGGGUAUCGGUGGUGACGAGCUGGCGAGAAGGAAGGCCGAGACUGGAAACUGGGUUAUCCUGGCAGUCAAGCACAGCAAGGAGGAGCUGGAGCUGUUCAAACUCUCUCCCGAAGAGUAUCUCAAGUUCAGGCACAAGAUCGAGAACGACAUCAUGCAAGCGCCCCUGGCGGCCUUUUACGGGACACCCGAACAACGGAAGUUCCACGAGAUGAGCAUCAAGCACAUGCGCGAAAAGCUGGCGUCACGACCCGACAUCCUAGAAGCUCUGAUGCCCGACUGGGCACCUGGGUGCAGGAGGCUGACUCCCGGCCCGGGAUAUCUCGAGGCAAUCUGCCAGCCUAAUGUGGACUAUGUGAGCACGCCGAUCAAACAGAUCCACGAAAACGGCAUCGAGACUAUCGACGGACGCACUCGAGAGGUCGAGAUCAUUAUUUGUGCAACAGGCUUUGAUGUGUCCCGUCAAUCAGGACCAAAGUUCUUCGGCCAGGGUGGAUGCGAUCUUUACGAUGUCUGGAACCCCAUCCCCGAGGCUUACAUGUCAAUGUGCCCUCCCAAAAUGCCCAACAUGUUCAUCUACUUUGGGCCAAACGGUGGUCCCAUGACCGGCAGCACCAUGCUCAUGCUGGAAUGGGUCUGUGAUUACGCCACGGCCGCAAUCCAGAAACUCCAAAGGGAAUACUACAAGUCCAUGGUUGUAAAGCCAUCAGCGAACAAGGCAUUCAGCCGCCAUGUCGACAAGUUCUUUGCAAAGACGGUCUUUACUCAGCCUUGCAAUUCGUGGUUCAAACGAGGAACCGUCGACGGACGAGUCGUAGCAAACUGGCCGGGUUCGGGCGUCCACUCGCGCAAAACCCUACUCAAUCCGAGGUGGGAAGAUUUCGACUACGAGGUGAUGCCCGAGAUCGAGGAGAACGUUCUGGGCUGGAUGGGCAACGGCAUGACGGUGGCUCAGAAGAACAAGACCUGCGCCACGGACUACCUCGAGCUGAAACAGACGGUCAAUCGUCCCAAGCCGGUGCAUCCAGAGUACAGCGUGCUGUCACCUCCGUCCUUUCACCAGGGCCAGAACGGUACUGCCGAACAGAACCGCACGGCCAAUUAG